AUGAUAACGGAUUAUUUCAACAUGAUGCUUGGGAAACUCCUGUUGUAUCCACCUGAACGUGAUCAGUAUCAGUCAGAAUUACUACGGCAACGUCUUCUAAAUUUGAAUGGUGCCGACGGUACAAAUGCGCAGCCGCAUUUAGGUAUUGCCGUUAUCUUUUUGUUGGUUCGAUACAUACUUAAAGACAGUUUGCGUUAG